AUGUCUUUUCAAGAAUAUAGAACCGUAUUCCACAAUAAAAUCAUCGAAGAUAUUAAAAAUUUAUCAAAAAGCCAAUAUCAUAUUACGCACAAUAUCAAAUCAUCAAAAGUUCCAUCGCCACCUCCGCGUUAUCAUGAUUUAUCUAAAAUGUAUCACACAGCUUUAUUUCUUGAAAAUGAAUUGAGUCAAACAAUAUUCGCCAAGAAAGAAAAGAUGUUCAUUGUUUUGAACGAUCUACUUAAAUUAUUUACGACACCAAAUCUCAUUCCUGAUGAUUUCAUAGUUAAAGUCGAUCUUGACAAAUUAGCUUCCACAAAUGGCCAGGAUUGCUUUGAAAUUAAAGCACUAACUACGAAAUAUACUCAAUUUUUAAAAUCUUAUAUUCGAAGGAUUAACAUUAUUCCUGAUUUUGACUAUCGUCAUCGUCGUAUUCUCAAAAUAUUCGAACUCGUUAACAAAAAUUUUGAUCCAAAAUUAUGUUUUUUCCCUCCUUCAGAGUAUCAAGUUAAUUUUGAGCAUUUUGUUUUUGCGCCUGGAACGCCAUGGUUACCAAAACUUGAUGAUUUAAUUGAAAACUUCUUUAAAUAUCCACCAGAAACAUCCUUAAAAACGAUCAUUGACAUUGCAAAAAUUAUAUGUCACACAUUCUCACUAACGGAGAACAAACAUAUGUCGAUGACAAUUGGAUUUCUUUUUAGACUUGUUUUCGAUGAAGUUUACCCACUUAAUACUCAGUUACUUCAUACCAAUCUUUCUGAAGACAUUGUAUCCAAAAUUCGACAAAUGACAAUUGCUGAACUUGAUCCUCCUCGUGAUUUUUGUCCAAAAUGGAAUAAUGAUGAUAUUGCUUCUGUUGUUUUCAAAAAUAACGAAUUUUUUAAAGAAGCCAUCGACAUAAUCGAAACAAUCCAUUUUUAUUCUAACCCGCUUGAUGUUCUUCGUAUAAUAUACAUGGCUCUUAAUGUUAUAGAGAGAGCCGCAAGUUACUACGCAAACGAUAAAUCUUCAAUAUCUAUGCUCCCAUUUGAAGUUAUGUUUGCACUGCUCAUUGGAACAGUUCUUGGUUCCUCAACGCCAGAAAUUGUUCAACUAUCCCAGUUCACAAUUAAUUACACGCCAAAAUUUGGUUUAACUUCUGAGUAUCAAUUUGCUCUAGCAAAAUUGACCGCAUUAUCAUUACAUCUCAAAUCAAUAACUAGUCAAAAAUAA